CAAUGUUGUAGUUAAAAUUAGGGUUAGCUUUAGGUCUCCUUCACCAAAACAACAAAUCCUCAUCUCAAAUUCAUAUUUUUCUUGUUUGUUUCUCGUCAAAAUCCUUAGCGGUUUCCUCCGUAAUUUUCUUCGAUCGUGGUUUCGACUAUGGAGAUGGAGCGCGUGACUGAGUUUCCUCUCCCGCACCUGGAUCGCCGACCGAGAAAGAGGGCGCGUUUGGGCUGGGACGUGCCUCUAGUCCCUAAGGCUCAGGUAGGAAUGUUUUGUGCACAAGAGGUUGGAAAUGUAGCAAGCUAUGCAUCUUCUGGAGCAAAUUCAGACCAUACUACUACCUCUAGUUCUGUAUUUCUUAAAGGAGUGGCUCCUCGAAAUGGUUCUCCCCCAUGGCGGGAAGAUGACAAGGAUGGCCAUUACAUGUUUGCGCUUGGAGAAAAUUUAACUUCUCGCUAUAAGAUACACAGCAAAAUGGGUGAAGGUACCUUUGGUCAGGUUUUGGAAUGCUGGGACAGAGAAAGGAAGGAGAUGGUUGCUAUCAAAAUUGUACGUGGGAUUAAGAAGUAUCGUGAGGCAGCUAUGAUAGAGAUUGAUGUUUUACAACAGCUCGGUAAACAUGAUAAAGGUGGCAACCGUUGUGUGCAAAUACGGAACUGGUUUGACUAUCGUAACCAUAUCUGUAUUGUUUUUGAGAAGCUUGGACCAAGCUUAUACGAUUUUCUUCGCAAAAACAAUUAUCGCUCAUUUCCCAUUGAUCUUGUCCGUGAGAUUGGAAGACAACUGUUGGAAUGUAUAGCAUUUAUGCAUGACUUGCACCUGAUUCAUACUGAUUUGAAGCCUGAGAAUAUUCUUCUAGUCUCUCCUGAUUAUGUCAAGGUUCCAGAUUACAAGGGUUCCACCCGAUCACCAAAGGACAGUUCCUACUUCAAAAGAGUCCCCAAGUCUAGUGCUGUGAAGGUGAUUGAUUUUGGUAGCACAACUUAUGAGCGCCAAGAUCAGAACUAUAUUGUAUCAACACGGCAUUACCGUGCACCAGAAGUUAUUCUCGGACUAGGAUGGAGUUAUCCUUGUGAUAUAUGGAGCGUCGGAUGCAUCUUGGUGGAAUUAUGCACUGGUGAGGCAUUGUUUCAAACACAUGAGAAUUUGGAGCACCUAGCAAUGAUGGAACGGGUGCUUGGGCCCUUGCCUCAGCAUAUGUUGAAGAGGAUAGAUCGACAUGCUGAAAAAUAUGUUAGAAGGGGUAGACUGGACUGGCCUGAAGGUGCGACUUCGAGGGAAAGUAUUAAAGCUGUUUUGAAGCUACCUCGUCUUCAGAAUCUAGUAAUGCAGCAUGUAGAUCAUUCAGCUGGAGAUCUCAUACAUCUUUUGCAAGGACUGCUGAGAUAUGAUCCGUCAGAUAGGUUAACAGCUCGAGAAGCAUUGAGGCAUCCCUUUUUUGCAAGGGACCAUCUGAGGAGGUGACUACCUGAUAGGCCACCAUUAAGGGCAAGCAGGUUGCUGUAAAUGAUUAACAGUUGUUGUCGAUAGGCAGUCUGAGAUGAUGAAGAAGAUGAAGGAUAAAUCUUUCUUUGUGCUGCUAUCGACCAUAGGACCUGGCGGAUGUAUAUAGGGUCUCUUCUUACUAACACCAACUCUAUUAUGUAGUUUCCAUACAACUGAAAUGCUGAGCUGGAAGCGCUAUAAAUUGUUUAUUGCAAUUUUAUCUUUGACAAUGAAUUAUUUUUUAUCCA